GAGAAAUUCUACCAGGGCACAGUCAAGAGACCAGACAUUUCCUAUUUCCUGCACACAUCAGGGGUGUUUGGCCCCCAAGUAUCCAGCUGCCCAUGUCUGGGGUGAGGACCCAGCAGCAGCCAAUUGCGCAAGCUGCUUCAGGUGGCACAUGACCAGGAUUCACCCCUGAAUUUGGUCCGCUGGUUGGAUCAUGCACUUUCCUGGCCCGGGGUCAGGAGACUUUCCCCGUGCAGAGACCCCCAGCCUGGCCAGGACACCCCAUAAAGGGAAGACCACCCGCCCUGAGCAGCCCCUGGUCUCAGUGAGGGCUCCGCUUGGAGGGAAGGCUGCAGAAGAUUAACCAGGGAAGGGAAAUGACAGCAGCAGAUUCGGUGCAGGUCGGGGAUUUUCAGCAAGGUUUUGCUAGAGAAGAAGGGGCGGAAAAUACACACGUCCAGGGGCCGGUGACCUUCGAGGAGGUGGCUGUGUAUUUCACCCAGGGACAGGGGGCUCUGCUGGACCCCAGCCAGAGAGCCCUCUACAGGGACGUCAUGCAGGAGAAUUACGAGACGGUGACCUCACUGGGAUUCCCCUUUCCCAAACCUGACCUGAUCACUCAGCUGGACCAAGGGGAAGAGCCGUGGGUCCCGGAUCUCCAGGUCUGCGAGGAAAGGGAGAGCCCGAGAGGCACCCGCACAGCAGGUAAUGGGAUGGUGAGUGAAAACACAGAGGAGAAUCUACAGCAGGAAGGUCCUGAGCAAGUGGAACCACACGGGAUGUCAUUGGAAAGAUCUGAAGGGAAUUUUACUCAGGAGCAGCGAAAAGCCUGGGGAAAUGGGCACAGGCCAGGGACACAGCUGGGAACCCAUCCAGGGCAGAAAGUGGGUAAAUCCACUGAUCAUGGGGGAGUUUGCAAAGACCCCAAGGAAACCACAGCCCAGCAGAGAAUCCCAUCAGGAGUGAGAGACAACACAUGCUCCAAGUGCGGGAAAAGCUUCAAUCGGAGCUCAAACCUUAUUUCACAUCAGAGACUCCACACUGGAGACAGGCCUUUUAAAUGCCUUGAAUGUGGGAGAAGUUUUAAUCAGCGAGAGCAUCUUGUUAGGCAUCAGAGGCUCCACACCGGAGAAAAGCCCUAUAAAUGUCUGGAGUGCGGGAAAAGCUUUAUUCAGAGCUCCCAGCUUAUUACACACCAAAGAGUCCACACGGGAGAGCGACCCUACAAGUGCCCGGAGUGUGGAAAAAUGUUUAGUGAUGGUUCAGCCUUUAUUAACCAUCGGAGAAUCCACACAGGAGUUAAAUCCCAUAAAUGCCUCAACUGUGGGAAAAGUUUCAAUCGGAGCUCAACCCUCGUUAGACAUCAGAGAACCCACACUGGAGAGAAACCCUUUAUAUGCCUGGAGUGCGGGAAAAAGUUUAGUGACAGUUCAGCCCUCAUUGCGCAUCAGAGACUCCACACUGGGGAUAAACCCUUUAAAUGCUCUGACUGUGGGAAAAGUUUUUUUCAACUCUCGCGGCUCCUUGCACAUCAGAGAAUCCACACGGGCGAGAACCCCUAUAAAUGCCUCGAGUGUGGGAAAAGGUUUAAUGACAACUCAAACCUUAUUACACACCAGAUUAUCCACACGGGAGAGAGACCCUACAAAUGCCUGGUCUGUGGGAAAAGCUUCAGUCGCAGCUCACAUCUUAUUACGCAUCACAGAACCCACACGGGAGAGAGACCCUAUAAAUGCCUGGACUGUGGGAAAAGCUUCAGUCAGAGCUCAAACCUAAUUACACAUCAGAGACUCCAUACAAGAAAGAAACCUUGACUGUGGUAGAACUUUCAUUUGGGGCUCUGGUCACAUGAGACAUCAGCAGAUUCAUACAGGGGAGACACCUUUUAAAUGUCCUUGGAGUGGAAAAUGCUUCAAGCAGACCUGCACCAUAGUGGACCACAGAGACUCCAUUUCCUAGUUCCCACACACAUUAGCGGCUUUUGGUUCUCCGGGAUAGCUGCCUGAAACAGGAAAAUCUUUUCCUGUGAAAAAGUUUGUGGGUUUGAAAAUAUUUUCAUCCUGAAUCUGGACAAAAAGUAUAAAAAACUCAAAUUUUCACCAAAGAGGUCUUUCAGGAGGAAAAUGGAAUUUUUCAGCAACCUGGCUGCCCAUCUGGUAGGCGCUUGUCAAUUUCACUUUCUCCUUGCAGUCAGGAAGUUAAAUUGACUUGAUUGUUCAGAUAGACCAUGCUCUGUGCGCUAUCCAACUUUUUAAAUGCCAAAUGGCUUUUGAGGUUUAAUGACCACCUGAGAACGUAUCCACGGAGUAGAAUCUCAUGCUUGGUCUGUGCUACGUACUUACUUUGGUAUAACUACAUCAUGCAGGGGUGUGAAAAAUCCACACCCCAGGAGAAAAAUAGUGGGUGCUCAGCACCCACCAGCCACCUAAGCUCAGCUCUCCCCAUUCCCCCCACCCCCGCAGCGCUUCCCACCUGCUGUGGAGGGGGAGGAGGAGCGGGGGCAGAGCAUGCUCAGAGGAGGGAGAGGAAUGAGGUAGGAAGAGAUGGAGCAAGGGUGGAGUGUGGGUGGGAGGAGGCGGGGGCCUUGGGGGAAGGAGUGGAGUGGGGGCAGGGUCUGGGGCGGAGCUGGGGGUCGAGCACCCCUGGGGAAAUUAGGAAGUUGGCACCUCUGUACAGCCUCACUCGCCAGGCAGAAAUCGAAGCACGCUCUGGUCCCUGGCUCGACUGCGGGCUUCAGCUUCGGCUCUCUGGCGGCUCGCCUCAGUGACUGCACCAGCCUUGACCUGGCUUCUCCAAAUGGAGCGGUUGUGGGCAGGGCUCUCCCAGUUGUCAGUGGGAAUGCUUGCAUUUCCUGAGGUCUUGCUUGACUUUGUUGCUGUAUCGGAGCUUUGGCCUUCUUCUACAUUGCGGGUGGUUCUUAAGUUGGCCAUAGAGCAUACCACUGAUUUUGUCGCUUCUCCUUUCAUCUGUCAAGAUGUUGGAUGGCCACCACACUGGGUCAUGUGCCUGGACUAAUUUAGUUAUGUUAUUGUCUUACAGAUCUUGAGGCUUGAAGGCUCAUUGCAUUUCUAUCUUAACAUAUACCGAUAGGCUACAUUCAUUCCAUAGUUGCUUAGGUGUCUAACUUGGGCUUUGGGUAUGACAGUGAUUUUACCAGAUGCUUAAAAGCGAGGCGUUGUGAUAGGGAGCAACACAAUGCCUUGCUCUUCUUUUGUGUAUUCAGGCCAGAGCUGCUUGGGGCACAGGACUAGCCCGAGAGGCAGGCUUGGAGAUUUUGAGCCGGGAAAUUGCCUGCUGUUGUUUGUUCUUGUUGUGUCCUGGGAAAUGCUCCCAUGUGUGCGCUCUUUGUAAAUAAAUGGGAGUAAAUAA